AACCUAAACCAGAAUCAAAAGAACCGAUCGUAAACCAACUAAUUUCAUCGUCUGAAAAUCACCCUAAAUUACCUCGAGAACCUAAACCAGAAUCAAAAGAGUUGACCAUAAACCAACCAAGUUCAUCGUCUGAAAAUCACACUAAAUUGCCUCGAGAACCUAAACCAGAAGCAAAAGAACCGAUAGUAAAAAAAGCAGAAUCAUAUCUUUAUCCUCAUCACGACGACGCGUUGAAGGCUCUCGAGUUGCUUAAAUCAUUGGCAAAAGAUCAAACCAAUUGGGAAUUGUAUUCAGAAAGUAAAGGAAUCAAGGUUUACCAGAUGGAAAAUCCUAGUAGACCUUUACCAUCCAUGCGUGGAGAUGUUACUAUUUACGGAAAUUUUCUUCCAGAUGACGUUCUCUCAUAUGCCACCUCUUUAGGCGCAAGAAAACUGUGGGAUGAUCGAUUCGAGAAUGGUACUACGCUUGAAAGAUAUGGUCCUAACGUUGCGCUUACUAAAUCGGCUAUGAAGGGUACUUUCCCCAUCAGUGGUCGUGAUUUUGCAAUGAUUAGUGUGAUUGACCGUGAUCCGGAUGGUACGGUCUGGUGUGCAACCACGUCGAUUGUUGAUCCCAAAAUUCCCGAAAACAAAAAAUAUGUUCGAGCAAAAUUAAUUCUCGCUGGAUGGGAAUUACGACCCGUUUAUGCUAGUGCUGGUAAUAGAAUCGCAGUUGAUGUUAAAUAUAUUGUUGAUACUGAUAUUAAACUUGAAUCGAUUCCAACGAGAAUUCUCAAGACAAUCUCAAUGCAAACACCAAUGAGCGUUGCUAAAAUUGAAGAAUUAAUGAACAAAAUUGGAUUUCCACCGUAUGUUCGAUAUACAACCGGAGUAAUAAUAGAUGAAAGUUUUAAUCCCGAAAACUUUCAAUAUGAUUUAGCAGUAUCAAAUAUUGAAGAACAAAGGAUCACUGAAAUUCGAAUAUCUAAUAAAAUGUAUCCUAAUGGCUUUAACAUUUCUAUUAUACCGAAGGAAGUCAAGGUUGAAUUGAAUCCAGAUGAUAAGGAAAUUAUCC